CCAUUUAAUGUAUGGAUAUGACAAAAACGAACAAUUUGUACGGAAUUAGCCAGCUAGCUAGGAAGCUACCUGUUGGACAGUGAACUUUUCCAACAGAUCGACGUUAGCUAACUAUAACUAUGUAAGUUAACUAACUAGUACUGUACAGUAACUAACAGUGAAUACAACCACAGACAAGGAGCUAGUUAGCCGUAUAUGUCGUGCAACAGUCGACGUUGUUAGCUAGCUAACACCUUAACUGUACUUGAACUCUUGAGUUCGCUAAUCCUUAAUCUUCGGUAAUACUAAAGUUAUAUGCUAGUAGUUAGCUGGCAAAAGCAGAUCACUACUUGUUUGACAAAAGCGAGGUAGCUAACGUUAUCUAGCUUCAAAAUGCCUCCGAAGAAGCAGAAAAACCCGUCGGUGAACAUCUCCAGCUCGCUAGAGGAGUCGGAAGAAUUCAGUCUGGAGACCACGGURCCYACGGAAGACAUCUCGUCAUCRGACGAACGAGACCGCACCGGGACMCAGAAAGUCACCMGACAGCUYAUCGAGAGGAAGGAGCUACUGCACAACCUUCAGCUGUUGAAAAUAGAGAUGUCGCAGAAAAAUCUCAUCAUAGAUAACAUGAAAGUGGACCACUUGACAAAGACGGAGGAGCUGGAGGAGAGACUGAACGUUGCUCUAUACCAGAAACAAGUCCUGGCUCUGAGACUGGACAGCCAGCUGCAACUCACCCAGGAUGAGAGCAGGAAGCAUCAGGCUCUGAGGAAAAGGAAAUGGAUGUAUCCUACUGAGACAAAGCAGCUGGAGGAGACCAACAGACAGCUGUGUGACAAGGCAGGAGACCUGCGACGCGGCCUCAGAGAACUGGAGCUCACUGAGGAUAAAUACAAGGAGCUCCGAGAUGUCCCAGAGGAGAGACUCUCUAUCACUGAAUACGUAGCGGUGUGUUUCUAUGAGGCGGUGAGUCCUCUCCAAGCCCAGCUCUCUGAGCUCCACGUCAAGAGGAACAGCCUGACAGAUGACCUGGACACACACAGGACUGAGAUCAAGGCCCUUAUGAAGAGUUACGAGGAGGAGCGCAGGGUGAGGUCAGAGCUGGAGAUCAGGAACCAGAGACUAACUCUGGAGCUGGCUGACACUAAAGGGCUCAUCCAGGAGGGAGACUUCAAGCGGGACAACUACUCUAACACCAAACGUGAGCGUGAUGCGUUUGAGUGUGAGGUGAGAGAGUCCAGGAAGAGGUUGGAGCUGCUGGAGAUGACUCAUGAGGUCCAGACCAGGGAGAGGAAUGAGCUGAGUCGAGAGGUGUCUACUCUGCAGCAGUCGGUGACCCUCCUCCAGAAGGAUAAGGAAUAUGUUCACAGACAGAGCAUGGAGCUGAAUGUACGCUGUGCCCACCAGGAGGACCGUCUAGAGAGGCUGCAUACCCAGCUGGACGACGCAGAGGCCAGGGAGGAGGUCUAUCACAAAUACAUCGAUUCUAGGUCAAGACCACUCAAGACAGAGUACGAGAAUAAACUUGCUGAGGAGCUGGAGAACAUUCGUCUGAAGACCAGCCAGGAGAUCGACAGCCUGCAGAGGACGUCAAAGGAGAUGUACGAGAGAGAGAACAGGAUUCGCUUUCGUUAA